UUCCGCAUAUGCGGUAUAUCGCUUACGGAGAGCAUAGCACUAUUUGACUGCGUCGUCAUGUCUCACAGCACUUAUAAUAAAGUGUGGGCUGAAGCCCAGAAGGAGCUGGAAGACAACUUGCUACCUGAGGAACUGUCAGCCCAGGUGCUGCGGCCUGAGAAAGACCGGGUGGUGUUUGUCCAGCGCUUGGCCACUCUCUUCGUGGGCUACGUGCAGGUCUUUCGGCAGCUAGAGGAAGCCUAUGACCAGGUGGUGCACCCCCAGAAGAGGCGACUCAUCCGGGAGGUGCUGGAUGGCGUCAUGGGCCGUUUAAUAGAGCUGAAGUCUGAGAUGGUAGAGAAGGAGUUGUCCGAGUACCAUUACAUGGAUGAUGUUAUUCAAGACCUGAAUUUGACACCGAUGGACAUCGAGAUCCCAGUUCCACAGUAUUUCCUCAGUGAACGGAGGAAGGUGCUGCAAGAGAGAAGGGAAAUGCUGUCUUCUAUUCUAAGCACCAUGGGAGUGGAGGAGAGACCCAAAGUUGAUGUACAGCCAGUGACAGCACGUGUUCUGAAUAUUGAAGAGGCCAUCAAAAUUAUCCAGGUGACGGAGAGGGCGCGGCAGGGCCGCUUACGGGCUAAAUUCAUGAGGGAGAUCCAGCAGGCUGAAGAGAGACAGAAGAGGGCCAAGGACGUGGACAGAGGACCAGCCGCGCUUAACCAAGCAGCAGUGCGCAUCCAAAAGGUUUGGAGAGGUUUUCAGCAGAGAACAAAAACUAGGAAGGAAAGAGAUGAAGAGAUGAUCUUCCUAGGAAUGGUCCUGGACCCGGACCAUUCCCAGCCAUGCUCAUCCAUCCUUGUUGCCAAGGCAAAUCAGGCCAAGAGAAGGGGGAAGCAAGAGGAAUAUGAGGAGGACUUCCAGAAGUCAUUUAUAUCAGUAACUGAAAAGCUCAGAGAGAUGGAGGGGCCUGACAUGAGGGAGUCGCUGAAGGACCAAAUCCGUCAGUGGUUCAUUGAGUGCUAUGAUGCAGCAGGAAGUUUCCCAGAUUACCCGGAAGAAGAAGAUGGUGGGUCUGCUUUAAUAUUUUCUGAUAAAAAUCCUGAAGAGUUAUUGGAAACAGCUUCAAAAGUGGAAGUGGAUACUAACAAAAAAGAUGUGAAGAAGGACACAGGCAAGAAAGAUAAAGGAGACGAGGAACUGGAAUCCGGUUUGAAAAUGGCCCCGUCGGCUUUCCUUUCAGAUCUCGAGAGAGGAUGUAAAACUUUCACAGAUGUCUGGCAAAACCGCAACGAGUCUCAGAACUUCAGCCAGAGGCAUGAGAUCGAACUGAUCAAAGAAGAUAAAAGGAAGGAGAUUGAGUCUGAAAUCAGGGUGCAGGUUGAUGAACUCAUGCGGCAGGAGCUGGCUACCUGGAAGCUGGCGCUGGAAAAAGGCAAGGGUGGAAAGGCUAAGGGUGCCGCCAAGAAAAAGAAAGGACCAAAAAAUGGAAAAAAGAAAAAAAAGGAGAAAGACUUGACAGCUGAUAGGACUACUGAUUCCUUGUUUCAAGAGCUCGUGGAACAAGCCUUGGUGAAGCAGCCUGAAAAUGUCAGACUGGAAGACUACUUAGGUGACUACAGCUAUCUUGGGACAACUCUCCGACAAACGGACAUUGAACCUAUGCCAUCCUUGUCAGAUUUGCGGCAGCUUAUAACUUUGUAUGCCAUCCUUCCCUUAGGUUCUCAGAAGGUGCAUGAGAAGGCUCCUCUCGUCAAGGCUAUUCUACUGGCAGGUCCAAAUGGCGUUGGCAAGAAGAUGUUGGUUCAUGCCAUCUGCCAGGAAACAGGGGCCACCCUCUUUGACUUGUCCCCUGUGAACCUGGUUGGAAAAUACCCAGGCAAGAGCGGACUGCAGAUGUUACUCCACAUGGUGUUUAAGGUUGCUAAGCUGAUGCAACCUUCUAUCAUAUGGAUUGGAGAUGCAGAGAAGAUGUUUUAUAAGAAGGUGCCAAAAGAAGAGAAAGAGCUGGACCCAACUCGUCUGAAAAAAGAUUUGCCAAAGAUGCUCAAGACUAUGAAAGGCGGAGACUGUGUUCUUAUUGUGGGCACAACUCAGUAUCCGUUCAAUGCAGAUAUUAAGUCAUUCUGCAAGCUCUAUGGCAAGAUCAUCCUCAUUCCACGACCAGAUUAUGCUUCACGAUACGUUAUGUGGAGACAGCUAAUUGAGAAGAAUGGCGGUCAGGUGACCAGCGCCUUGGACCUCAGUUCUCUGGCCAAGAUAUCCGAUGGCUACACACAGGGUCACAUGGCACAGGCAGUCCGCACAAUCCUGAGUGAGGCCCGCAAGCAGCAGCUGGCCAAGAGACCCCUCACCGCGGCCGAGUUCAUAGCCCCCCUGGCCAAGAUGGAUCCCAUCUUCAAAGAUGAAGAGGAAGCCUUUAAAAACUGGUAUGCUAAAACUCCUCUGGGAAAAAAACGAGCCAAAGCUGCCCUGGGAAAGGAAGCAGAGGAAGAGACACCAGGGAAAGCAGGCAAAGGUGGCAAGAAGAAAGGAGUGAAAUAGAACCAGUUGAGACAAUAGAUGUCAGUAAGAAGUGUGGCACCACCUCAGUUCAAUUCGCUUCCUCACU